CCAGAGGGAAGAUAUUACACUACACCCAGAAAGUUAACCUGAGGAAAAAACCACAGCCACAGAGAGGAAGAGAAAGGGAGAGAGAGAGAGAGUGGGGGGGGGGGAGGGAGGGAGGUUGCAGAGAUGGGAAGAAGCCCUUGCUGCUCCAAGGAGGGCUUGAACAGAGGUGCGUGGACGGCUCAGGAAGACAAGAUCCUCACCGACUACAUCCGAGCUCACGGCGAGGGCAGGUGGCGGAACCUCCCCAAGAAAGCAGGGCUGAAGAGAUGCGGCAAGAGUUGCAGGCUGAGAUGGUUGAAUUACCUGAGGCCCGACAUCAAAAGAGGCAACAUAUCACCUGAUGAGGAAGAGCUCAUCAUCAGGCUUCACAAGCUUUUGGGGAACAGAUGGUCUCUGAUUGCUGGGAGACUUCCAGGGCGAACAGACAAUGAAAUAAAGAACUACUGGAACACCAAUUUAGGCAAGAAGGUUCAGAGCAAUAAUCAAACCAACUCCCAGUCUCGUGAUGGUCAUAAAGUAGAGAACCCGAAACAUUCCGAGACAUCGAAAAUGUCUGCUGAUGAUAAUAGCGCAUUCGAGUCGCCGUCGAGUGAGCCCGAGCAUCGUUUGGUCAAGACCAAGGCAUUGAAGUGCUCCAGGAUCCUCAUCAACCCGCUGCCAGAACAAGAGCUUCGCCGAAGCAAGGAUCCUAUCAACAAAGACUUGGCGGCGGUGGGGACGGGGGUGGAGGACCCGGCUCCCACCGGGGCCUUGCCACCAUUCGUGGGGAAUAUUCCGGCGGAUCUGUUGAUCGAUGACUUUGAGAUUGGGGAGAUCUGCUUGUCGGGGCUCCUGAAUUCCGAUCUGUCGGGCACCGGUAACCAAGAUCAACUCAACAGCAACAGCAACACGAGCAGGGACGAUCCGUUUGCUGAUCAGAGCCAAGUGCAAGGUCUGGCUUGGGCAGCAAUGAGCAGCGACUGCGCUCAUGAUAACCAUCAAGCGAAUGCUGCUGCCUCCAACUUCCAUCAGGCUUUUGCUUCCUUUCUUGACUAUAAUGGAGGAGAUCAGUGGCUAUGGGUAUGAUCAGCGAGGCAUUGUUCAUAGAAGAAGUUGCAUAUAGUGACACACUGUGCUGUCUGUGCUGUUCAUGAUUCCUUCUUUGUUUUUUGUUUUCCUCUUGGGUUUCUGCCAUCACUCUGUUUAUUCACUCGUGGAUUAAUUGUACGGGUCUCUAACCUUAAAAAAAUCCUUCCAUAAGAUGAUGUUUGCCCAACUUGUCUGAUAAAUAAUCCCAUGAUUAGUUGUACUUAGCUCCCAGAGAGAGAGGCCUGUGUAAGGGAGAGCUUUUU